AUAUGGCGGACGGUCCAUAGAAACAGCCACUAUUUAUUUCCCGGUCACAAGUGUCGGAAAUGACGCGAGGGGCGGUAAACACACUUCCUUCUACUCGCGCGAAGUUUUCAUCGUAGAUGUAAAUGACGGACAUGAAUCCUGCAGUUUUUAAAGUUUAAAAUCAAGCAGAAACACUUAAGAUGUCUGACUCGAGAAGAAGGUCUAGAGGGAGUCAAGAGGAGCCAGCAGGACCGUCCAAUGGAGUAGGUGGGCGAAACAGGUCAGAGAGAGCUGCUGAAAUGGGCGAAGAAGAUGAUAUUGUUGGUGGACCAUCAGGUAUUAGUGAGGAAGAGGAUGAUCCAACACGCAGGAGAGAGAUCAGGAGCAAGUACAGGGAUCUGAUCAAUCAAGUCCAGCAAAACCGUGAGGACAUGUUGAACCCGGCUAACAAUAAACUCACUGAUGUUUUAGAAGAGGCCAACAAACUUUUUGCCAAUGUGAGACAGGCUCGUGAAGCAGCGCUGGAUGCUCAACUCCUGGUACUAGCCACUGAUCUAGGGAAGGAGAAGGCCAGCCAGCUACAUGCUGAAGGCUCUGCGUUUGACCCGUCUGCAUUUGCAGAACAUUUGUUGUCAUACAUGGGUCUGAAUCGUUUGGAGGAUGAAAGUGGUCAAGAUGGAAACUUGGAGGGAUAUUUACCACAAGGAGCCUGGCAGAAGCUUGCAAAUAGAUCUGAGCACUGCUUCAAAACAGCCCCUUCAUUCCACUACAUGUUGGGCUCAUUUUUGGCAGAGCCUCCUCCACCACGGCAGAGAGUUGAAAGGCAAAGGAAAGUACCAGGCAAAGAGGCGAAGCGAAUUAUGCCCACCCAGCUGAAAAAAAUGGAAGAAUCACACCAGGAAGCAACAGAGAAAGAGGUUGAAAGGAUUCUUGGAUGUCUCCAACGUUACUUUGCUGAUGAUUUCUUUUUCGGAACAGCUGACGAACCCAUUUCAUACUAUGAGUUCGUCAUUGACCCCAACUCCUUCUCCCGGACUGUGGAGAACAUCUUCCACACAUCUUUUCUCAUAAGGGAUGGUCUGGCGAGGAUGUACUUGGAUAAUGAUAACCUUCCUUGUAUUGCUCCAGUAGAGGAAGGUGAGGUAGAGCCUGGUGGUGCUUCCAUCCGACAUCAGUGUGUCAUUUCUAUCAACCAUGAAUCCUGGAGGGAAAUCAUUGAUGCCUUUGAUAUUAAGGACGCUCUGAUUCCAGCUCCUGAAGUUUUGUCUCAAGAAAGCUAAGUUGGAGGAUAGCUAACAACAGCUACUGAAACAUUUGUAAAAUAAAUACAACUACAUUUUUAUAUUUUUAAUGUUUGGAAUCUCAAUUUUAAGAGUCAUGACUUUUGGAUUUUGUAUAAAGUGCAAUAAUUUUGACUAAUACAAUAAAUGUAAAGUGAACUUA